AGAAAGGGCAUGGGGGGGUUGGGGUAGGCCUGAGUCAAACACCCUGGCUGAUAAUGUAUGCAGCCCUUUUGUGGUAAAUCAAUGCACCAUGCAAUAAUGGGGGGUAAGGAGGGGCAAGAGGCUGUAAGGGAGCUAUGACGGGACGUCUUCUGUCUCACGGUGUGCCCCCCUCAAUAGGAAACACACCCAAGACCGCGCAGUGUCAACCAGACCCUCAUGCUUCUUCCAUUCGUAACUUGGAUGUUAUUUUUCUUACUGAGGAGCCGGCCUGAGAUGAGACCCCAAGGACGGACAAAUGUUGAGAUAACAUCAUUUUAAUACACAAACUAGAAAGCUGUGAUAGCAGACACAGCUCCUUCUGCUCACAGGUUAUAUAAAUCUACAUGUGCGGCGUUCCUGUGCACUGUAACGGAGACGUCUCUGCAAAAUGCACAUCUGAGCAAAGUCUAAAGAGAAGGAGUCUGACCAGAUGAACUGAGCACACCAAUCAAUUGAUACGGAUUGGCUGACUGGAGGCUGAGGCAGAGAGGAAGGAGCUGUUGUUUAACGGUGCUUUGUUUCGGUGUCUACCAGCACACAAUGAGGGAACAAAACCAAGGUAGGAUGUGACCUGCUCAGCCCAUCUCCACUGCAUAAUGUCAAUGAGCAGAAUCUGGGAAGGAAGUGGGAAGCUAAUGUGCUGGUUUGUUUUCGCUUACCUUCUCCUCUUGGCUUUACCAUGCAUGGGCUUCCUCCCCAACUUCUGGUCCCGAGUGUUAACGCUGUCCUGGGACUCACACACGCACCAAUAUAUCACAGAGCAGGCCAUCCUCAAUGUCACCCUGGAGACGCUGAAGGGAAACCCUGAAGAGGAACAGACCAGACUAGGCCGUGGCUUCUGGAGAGCUUUGGGAGAGGUGGUGAAGUCCAAUGCCGCCAUGGACUUCCUGAGCUCCACCAGGUCUGACCCGGUGUACCACUUUGAUUCAGAGCGCGUGGACAGCGCCACGCUGAUGUUACGGCAGUUCUGGGCUCAGACUCUGCUCUCAGUGAGGGCCAAACAGUACCAAAGUGCCCGUCACAGCUUGGGCCAGCUAUUUCACUCCCUGCAGGACUUCUACAGCCACAGUAACUGGGUGGAGAUGGGCCGACACUCCAUAUACCUCCACCUGCUGCAGCCAGAGGAGCCAGUCAUCCCUGUGGCUAAAGAGGACAUUCCUACCUGUAUGGAGUGCUUCAGUGCCACCUGUCGAAACAACUUAAUGCCAAGACUGACUAAUGCACAGCAGCACUCCCAGUUGCUCACCACUGGCUACUUCAGCACUUUCCCUCCGAAACCACAAGGUAAAUGUAGUCAUGGAGGAAUUCUGGACAGUAGCCGCUAUAUGGGGGCUAAAGGCGGCAUCAACAAAGACAGCACCUCACCUCUCUUCUCCCCUCACUAUUACCUCCAUGUGGAAGCUGCUGCUUUGGCGACUGAGGCCACCCAGACUGUACUGAGAGACCUCAGAGACAACGUGGGUGACAAAGCCUUCCUUCGGCUCUUCAGCGUGAAGCAGGCCCCUGCCUUGGUAUUUGUUAUGGACACCACAGGCAGCAUGUUUGAGGAGAUCACUGCUGCUCGCCUCCGGGCUCACUCCAUCAUCCAGAGCCGAGCCAGAAGCCCGGCGCAGACAGGCACCUUCCUACUCGUGCCCUUCCAUGACCCAGCCGUAGGACCGGUGUAUGAGACCGAUGACCCAAACCAGUUCAUGCAGCAAAUGGAGAACCUGAUGGCGCUGGGAGGGGGAGACGAACCAGAGAUGUGUCUCUCUGCUAUUCAGCUGGCACUCACUCACAGUCCACCGCUGUCAGAGAUCUUUGUAUUCACUGAUGCUUCCCCUAAAGACGCCCACUUGUUUGACGCAGUGAAGGCACUUGCACUUGACAAACAGAGCAGGGUGACAUUUCUCUUAACCGAGGAUCCCAACCACACACCGGAGGUCAGAGGGAGACGCAGGAGGAGGAGUAGAAGAAGGACAAAGAGGAGGAUUAUGCAACCUUUGUCACCCGAUCGUUUCUCUCUCUACUCUUCCCUCUCCUCCGUGUCAGGAGGAUUGACCAUAUUCACCUCCAACUUUGACAUUCACAGGGUUUCCGCCAUAGUGGAGGAUAACACAGCUGCUGACAAGGUGACCCUGCUCCAUGUGGAGAGUGACCAGGAGCUGAUGUUCGCUCAUUCCUUCAGAGUUGAUAGUUCAUUGAAGAAUGUUACCAUACAUGUCGUUGGCGUCCUAUUUGAGUGUAUCCUAACCAAUCCUUCAGGCCAAAGCCAGUCUCUGCUGAGUGAAAAAGGUUCCCUGGCAGACUUGGAGCACUUUCAGGGUCUGUACCGCAUCAGCCUACUUUUUCCCAUACAACAAGGCCAGUGGAAAGUCCACGCCAAGAGUGACGGACACCUCACAUUCAACGUGAUAGGUGACAGCCGUGUAGAUUUCCUGUAUUACUUUGCCACUGUAACCAAUGAGACACACCCAGGUCUGGCCAGAGUGGAGGGUAGUCCCGUAGCAGGUGUCCCUGCCUUUCUGGUGCUGGCUGUUACAGGCCUGGCUCCAGAAGAGGAAGCGUCUUUCAGUCACGUGACACUGUUGGGAGCCCAAGGGGACACCCUGCAUCAGAUGAAGCUGAACUCCUCCUCUUCCCCCUCUCUCUCGUCAUCCUUCUCUGUGGACGAGAUGGUGGGAUAUGUGGAGGCUGUUCCCAGAGUUCCCUUCUGUGUUCGACUCACAGGCCGAGACAGAAGAGGAGACAAGCUGGAGAGGGUUUCCACUGAGAUGGUGCAGCCCACUCAUGUUCAGAUACAGGUUUUGUCUGUCCCUCGCCUGGUACCUGGCCACAGCACAAUGGUGAACUUUGAGAUCCUAAACCGCGGCCCGGCUCGACUCUUCAGUCUGAGCAUGGAUGACGACUGUGGAUAUCUUCAUAAGAGAGGACCUCACAGGUUCCAUGUUGCGGAGCAAGGGUCUUUCCACGAUCAGGUGAACCUCCACACUCCUGCCACAGCUCAGGCAGGAGCCACUGUCACACUCACCCUCACUGUGCGGGCUUUCGACUCCGCAGACUCAAAUUACGCUGUCACUUACUUGACUGUUGUUCCCCCGGAUCCUGACACGUUCCCACCAACCUGCUCCACUGCAGGAGGGCAGUCCACCUGUCCUUCUAUUUGCAAUGAGUCCAUCUGGAGUGUAUCUCUGGUUGUGUCAGACAGAGGGCGCUCUGGCCUUGCUGCCCUACAACUACAGAGGGGUGAAGGCAUUCUGACUUUAUUUCUUAGCCCUCCAACCACCGAGGACAGUAUGGGAGAUACCCAGCUUGACCUCGACCAGCAGCAGUCACUCAGGGAUCAGACAACCAGCGGAGACCACCACUACGAAGCCAUAUUGGAGAAGGGAGACUCCCCUUUGAAUGUGUCUGAAUGGGUCCAGGGUUCCUCUCAGCCACUGUGGGCAAGGUACACGGCCAGCUGCUGCUCUGCUCAGGCAGAGCUGCUGGUGUGGGAUACUGCCGGAAACAUGAAGCGUUGCAACCUAACGCCUGAUCAACAGAGGCAGCAGAGAGACAGGAGCACAGAAACCAGUGGAACUGGGCGGAUAAAUCGGCCAGAUGUCUUUUUCUUGCUCUUCGUCCUGCUGUGGUCUCCUUUGCUUUAGCGCCAAUUGAUUAAAACUGUUUUGCAGGUCAAACUCAUCUUUGUGUUGAUCACUGUAUCCCGUUUUUCCAGAUCAGGAGUUAACAAAAGUUCACUCAAUGCAAAAAACAACAAGUGUUGUAGUGUAAUUCUUAAAAAGACUCUACUAAAUAAAAACAAAUUAAUAAUUAGAAUAUCACUGUCAAUAGCAUAACUUUUGCUAUUGUAACUUCUAUACUCUACCAGUUUAUAAGAUCUGAUAUCACACAGAAUAUAAUACUGCCAUACAGUGAUUGAUUUGGACACCACUUCUUCGUCCAGGAAAUAAUGGGGAUGUAUGAAUAUACAGAGAUGUAACGUUUUGGAGGGUUGUUCUAGAUCAAAAUGCAGAUACUAAGAGCUGCAGAGGCGGAUAAGAGACUUUAAACAUUAAACCCAAAGGCGAAGCUUGAUUGCGAGUCCAUCAACAAAGAAAAAAAACUAGUGACUGGAGCCAAGGUCAAAAACACAGAAACUGACCUGACGAAUCCUGAACUAAGCAGUCGAACUGACACAGAAGUCUGGAAGCACAGAGACUAUGACUUUUAUGUUUAAGUAAUCCAGAUCAGGGGGCAGAUCCAGGAUUUACCUUUUAAUUUCUUUAAAGUUGCAAGAUAGGGCAUUUUUUUCAUGAUGAAUAAAAUCGGCUAUAUUUAGAGGAGCGA